AUGAAGAGCUUUAUGGCAGAAUGUGAAUCUUUGAAAGACAUAAGACACCGUAAUCUUGUGAAACUAUUGACGGCUUGUUCGAGUAUCGAUUUCCAAGGAAAUGAUUUCAGAGCUCUCAUCUAUGAGUUUAUGCCUAAUGGAAGCUUGGAUAUAUGGCUGCACCCGGAGGAAGUGGAAGAGAUUCGUAGGCCCUCGAGAACCUUGACUCUUCUUGAAAGGCUUAGCAUAGCGAUAGACGUGGCUUCUGUUUUGGAUUAUCUUCAUGUUCAUUGCCAUAAACCUAUAGCUCAUUGUGAUCUUAAGCCAAGCAACGUCCUUCUAGAUGAUGAUUUAACUGCCCAUGUCAGUGACUUUGGUCUUGCUCGUCUUCUCCUCAAAUUCGACAAAGAGUCCUUCCUCAACCAACUUAGCUCAGGCAGCGUCAGAGGAACCAUCGGCUAUGCCGCACCAGAAUAUGGAAUGGGAGGACAGCCAUCAAUACAUGGUGAUGUGUAUAGCUUUGGGGUUCUCAUUUUGGAAAUGUUCACUGGAAAAAGACCAACCAAUGAGUUAUUUGGUGGAAACUUUACCCUCCACAGUUACACCUUGCCCGAAAGAGCAUUGGACAUCGCAGACCAAUCGAUUCUUCACAGUGGUCUCAGGGUCGGUGGUUUCCCAGUUGUUUGA